CAACUAUUAAAACAGGCAUCAACAAAAUGAAUAACGCAAAAUUACAAGAAGUUUACAGUGAUUUAACCUUGUACACUACCCCCGAUAAAUUUUUCCUCGAGCCCAAAACUGGUGAUGAACUUAUGGUGAUAGAGAGAGCUUCUGAAAAUAUAGUAUGUUUCAAAAAUAAUCAUAGACAUUUGAUCCCUGCAGCUAAUAGCAGAAAAGAUUUUUGUGGUCUUAUUGGUAUAGUACAUCUACUAGCAUGUCCAUAUCUAGUUGUAGCUGUUCAAAGAGAAUUAGUGGGUUAUAUAGCGGGUUGUGCAGUUUGGAGACUGGUUAAAGCUGAAUUAAUUCCAUUUAGAAGUGCAUUGCAUUUACCUCCAGAAAAACAAGCUGAUAAUGAAAUAUAUUUAGCUAUGGUAGAGUCUGUAUUAUCUACCCCUUUCCUAUAUUUUUGUUAUGAUUAUGAUCUUACACAUUCCUUACAACGAUUACAUGGAAUAAGUCCUGAUUUCUGGAACCAAUCAAUAUGGGAUAGAGCUGAUCAAAGAUUUGUUUGGAAUGGAAACUUAUUAACUCCAUUUAAGGGCUUGUAUAUUCAAAAAUUUUGCUUACCUUUAAUUCAUGGUUUUAUUUCCAUAAACUUCUGUGUUAUAAAUGGCCACAGUUUGAACUGGUCAAUUGUAUCUCGUAGAAGUGUUCAGCGUGCUGGUACCAGAUUACAUAGAAGAGGCAUAGACAAAGAUGGAAAUGUUGCUAAUUUUGUUGAAACUGAACAGAUUGUUGAAUAUCAAGGGGACCAUGCAAGUUUUGUACAAAUAAGAGGUUCAAUUCCACUAUUUUGGCAUCAAAAUCCUGAUUUACGUUACAAGCCUCCUCCCACCCUAUUAGAAGUUGAUCCACAAGAUCAUCAUUCCACUUGUUUAAGACAUAUGAAUGAUUUGAUGACCAUGUAUGGAAAAGUUGUUUGUGUGAAUCUUGUUGAUCAAAAAGGAGCUGAAGGGAAUAUGGAAAUAGCUUUCCAAAAUGCUAUAAACAAUAUGUCGUCUCCUUCCAUUCGUUAUGAGUAUUUUGAUUUCCAUGCAGAAUGCAGAAAAAUGAGAUGGGAUAGGUUAUCAAUUCUUAUAGAUAGGCUGUCUCAUGAUCAGGAUGAAAUGGGUUUCUUCUUAUUACUAAGAGAUGGUUCAUUAAGUUCUUUACAAGAUGGCGUUUUUAGAACUAAUUGCAUUGACUGCUUAGAUAGAACUAAUGUUGUGCAAAGUAUGUUGGCUCAUAGAAAUCUUGAAAGCGUUCUAAAAAAAUUACAGAUUCUUCAACAAAACCAAACACUGGAUUAUCAAUAUUCCUUUGAGCUUCUUUUUAAGAAUGUUUGGGCUGAUAAUGCAGAUAUAAUUAGUACCCAGUACUCAGGUACAGGUGCAUUAAAAACUGAUUUUACCAGAACUGGAAAACGUACCAAAAUGGGAUUGCUUCAAGAUGGCCUAAAUUCUCUUAUUAGAUACUACAAAAAUAAUCUAACAGAUGGAUACCGGCAAGAUUCUAUUGACUUGUUCUUGGGUAAUGGAAAACCAAUUUCACCGCUACAUAUAGAUAAGGGUUGGAGAUAUGUAACUUAUCCAUCUGUAUUGUUAAUUGCUGUAGCCAUGUUUGUAGCUUGUGCAGUCACCCCUUCUGAGUAUUCAACGGAUUCCCUAUUGUUUUUGUUAUUCUGGGGAUCCAUGGUAUAUGCUACAUUGCAUACGAUUCUCAAAUAUGGAUCGGAAUUUGUGGACAAACCCAGACUCACACAGUCCUAGCACUUCAUCUAGUCGCAGUAGUUGUUUCAUGGUACAAGUUGGCAUUUUAAAUUAUAAUACCAAGGGUUGCUGGUUUGAUUAAAUGAUUUUAAUCUAAUUUUCGAAAGUAAAAAUUCCAUAUUGUUUCCAUCCAUUAUAAUGGUUUUCAGGUAUUUAAAAUUGAAUCAAUUAUCUUGCACUGUAUUGGUCAAUUGGAAAUAAUGUCUACUAAUGUCAACCUUAAACAAUAGAGCCACUAAAUUAUUUUUAAAUAAAUUAAUAAAUUUGUUUAUACGAAAAAUGUAUAAAUAGAUUUGGUUGGUUAUAUUUCUGAAAUAUUUCAGAAUGUAGAUUGAAAUCAGUUAAAGAUGCUAAUACUCUUGGUGUAGGCACCAAGCUUCAUAUUCUAAUUAGGCUAUAAUUUAGAGGUUAUGUUGGAAAAAAGAAAUACCAG